AUGUCAUUUGAUGAAGACUUUGAAAAUAUCUAUGCCAAAGGAAGACAGCGGAGUUGGAAAGAUAGGUUUUCUUUCAAUAGUUAUAGAAGAAAAGGAUUCUGCUCGACAUUGCUAUUCCUUGGCUUAAUUUUCUUGAUUGUUCCACUAUUCAUCGGCACAAUAUACCAUUUUGCAAUAAUGAAACGUUCUUUCGAUUCCGCUUCUCUCAAAUCACUCUAUGAACAGUAUCAAGACAAGUUUGAAUCAUUCGGAUACUCCGGUGCUGUUGCUGAAGAAACACGGGCCAAUGCCACCAUCGUAUCUUUGGUGCGAAACGAAGAGCUCUGGAAAAUGGUUGAUUCGAUCCGUGAUGUUGAAGACCGGUUCAAUGGGAAAUAUCAUUACGAUUGGGUGUUUUUAAACGAAGAAGAGUUCACCGAUGAGUUCAAAAGAGUCACCGCCAACCUUGUUAGUGGUGAAGCAAAAUACGGUAAGAUCCCAAGAUCCGAAUGGUCUUUUCCUGAUGAUCUUGAUAUUCCAAAAUACGAGCAAAGCAAACAAAAACUUGUCGAUGAUAAUGUAAUUUACGGAGGAUUGGACUCUUAUAGACAUAUGUGUCGUUAUAAUUCAGGGUUUUUCUACAAACAUCCACUACUCCAGGAUUAUCAAUGGUACUGGAGAGUCGAGCCAAAUAUCAAGAUUUAUUGCGAUGUGAACUAUGACCCAUUCACAUUCAUGAUUGAAAAUAAUAAGACCUACGGAUUUGUGAUGGCCCUUAAAGAGUUCGAGGCCACCAUUCCAACGUUAUGGAAAACUACCAAAGAGUUCAUUCAGCAACAUCCAGAAUACGUUCCAGAAAACAAUUUGCAGCAAUUUGUUUCUAGAGAUGGCCUAAGAACUUACAACUUGUGCCAUUUCUGGUCGAAUUUUGAGAUUGCCAAUAUGGAUUUUUUCAGAUCGCAGACGUAUGAGGAUUAUUUCCAAUAUUUAGAUUCCAAGAAAGGGUUCUUUUAUGAAAGAUGGGGUGACGCUCCAGUCCAUUCCAUUGCCGCAUCAUUGUUUUUGGAAAAAGAUCAAAUCCACUUGUUUAAUGAUUUUGGGUACUAUCAUAACCCGUACGGCGCCUGUCCUAUGAACCAGGAAAUCUUUAUAGAAAACCGUUGUUCUUGUGACUAUACCAAAGAUUUCACUUUCUCCUUACACAGUUGUGCUCCUUUAUAUUAUGAUAUUCAGAAGUUAGAAAAGCCUGAAGGGUGGAGAAAAAAGGUGAGAUUUCCUGCUCCAUUCAUGGAAAACUGA